AGCUGUUAGUUUUAAUUUCUAGUAUAAAUAAUACAAAAUUUGCAUAAAGUACUGAUAAGUAAAUUUUCAAUUUUAAGGCAAUUCUCAAGGCAAAAACUAUUUCGGAAGUUAAAAGGAGAACGAAGGGGUUAAGUUUUCAACGUGGCAAAACGAUCAAAUGGAACUGAAUAUAGAAAAUUAAUAAAUUUGUAUUAUUUUAUUUGUAAGCAAAAGAUAUGUUUGCGUCGCUUAAAAAUAAAAUCAAGGAAGAGACAGGUGGGUCAAUGGUGCCCACGUUGCAACGAACGGUGAUUCAUCCUUCCAUUGCCAAUGCCGAUUCACAGAAUGAUCAAAUUGCGGCUAUGCGGCAGGAAUUGUUGCAAUUGCAAGAAGAAAAGUUGCGAGUUGAAAAGACUAAUGAGAUCUUAUUGGAAAGUGUCAAAGUUGCACAAACGCAAAAGGACAUCUAUUGUGAAGAGCAAAUUGAAAUUCAAAAUAUGCAACAAAGUGAAAUAGAAAAGUUACGAAAUUUACUUUCAUUUCGAGAACAGGAGGCCGUAGAUCGUCUUAAUGCCACCCGGCAAUACCAACAACAGGUUGAAAAUUUGUCAUCAGAAGUAGAAAGGCUGCGACACUUCGAACCACAGCUUGAAGAAAUAAAGGACGAACUGCAGCAACUGAGGCAUUCAUCGCAACAAGAAAAAAAUAAUUUAACUACCACUCUGGCUGCCAUAGAGGAAGAGAAUAGACACUUGAAGAUGCGUCUUCAGAUUGUGGAACAAACCCGCCUCGAAGCUCUCCAAACACUGAGCGGUGACGAAAAAGUCCAAGCCUUAGUACUUGAACGUAAGUUGCUUGAGCAACGCUUGGAAGAAGCCCAUCUGCAAUUGUCUGACAUCAAGAGUUCAUGGAGUGGCCAAAAUUUAGCUUUGGAAACACAAGUAAGCCGUCUAUCUAAGCAAGUUGCGGAAGAAACCACCGAAAAAAGAAAAGCGUUAAAACUUAAAGACGAGUUCUCCGAAAAAGUAAAACACUUGGAGUUUGAAUUAUUUAAGGCUAAAGAUGAAAUUAAACAAAGAAAUGAUAAGAUCAAGCUGUUGGAGGAAGAAAUCGAUGAAUUGAAUUUAGCUUUAAAAGAAUGCCGAGAAGAUAACGAGCAACAAAUUUUAUUCGAACGCAAUAAAGUUGAAACAUUAGAAUUGCAAAAUAAAGAUUUAAAAAAUAGAUUAGAGGCUGCUGAUGAUCGAUUUGGAGAAUUCGCAGCAAAUUCGGCGAAUGUUAUCCAAACAUUGAGGCAACAAAUGACGGACCUUCAAAAUCAACUGAUGGAGAACCAGACCAUGUUGGAAGCGGAGAAGGAAGAAAAAUUGACAGCCUUACUGAAAAAUGCAGAAAUUUCGCAAAGUGAAGAAUUAUUAAAGAAAGAAUUGAGGCAAGAAAGAGACGAAGUCAUUGACAUUCAGGAACAAAAUAAGAAGUUAGAAGAACAGCUCAAGUCAAGAGACCAAGCGUUUCAAGAACUUCAAAGCAUUAUGCUUUGCAACGACAAGAAACUGAAGGAAAUCGAUGACAUGCAAAGAGAUAUCAGUGAAAAAAAUAAGACUAUAAAAGUGUUAAACCAGAGAAUAAAUGACCUAAAAAAGACUUUGCAGAAAGAAUUUUCAACGGCAAAAAUUGAUGAGGAUUGCCAGAAACUGUCUCCAAAUACCAGCCUUGUAAGACAACCUUGUAGUUGCUCCGCCAAAGGUGGCAUUGUUAUGGAUGAAGUGAAUUUCAAGUAUCUAAAACAUGUUAUAGUCAAAUUUUUGACCAGUAGAGAGGUAGAAGCACGGCAUCUAAUAAGAGCUGUGGCAACAUUACUUAAGCUUACAAAGGAGGAGGAGAAACUUCUGCACGAUACUUUAAACUGGAAAAUGAGUUGGUUCGGUGCCAAGCCCGAUCAUGGCAGAGGUCAAAGGGCAUUUUCAAUACCCCCUAGUUAAUAGCAUUAACCAAAUUUAAUUUAACCACUAGUGGAAAAUUCCCUAUAACAAAUUGAGGACAGUUUUCUAUCACUUACAUGAUCUCUGAUAUCUCGCAUACAGUAUUUCAUUUAAUUUCAUUUGUACAUUCCAAAAAUUUUUAUACAAUUUGUUUGUUCUCGUUUUCUUGUUUGUUUUUUUUUUUUAAUAUUUUUUAUCAUUGUUGUUUAUAUAUAACUUACAUAUAUACACCAAAUAAAAUAACGAUAUUGUUUC